AUGUCACCCCAAAAUAUUACCAACGAUCAAUCUACAACCUCAACAACAACUCAGAGUGAGUUGAAUGAGGGAAAGCCAUAUCUGUUCUAUGGAUGUGCUACAACAAACCCAUGGAAGAUCAAGAUUAUGUUUGACGAGUUGGGAAUUGACUACAAGUACGAGGAGAUCGAUAUCUUCAAUGAUGCCAGCCCAAAGAAGAUCGAGUUCAAGAAGACCUUCCCCAAUGGAAAGGUGCCCGCCAUCAUUGAUUACACAGUCAGUCCACCAUUGCCAAUAUUCGAGUCCGGUGCCAUCCUGCUCUACCUAGCCGGCAAGCACGGCAAGUUCCUGCCAGACAUCAAGACCAACCCAAGAGAGCAUGCCGAUGUCCUCCAAUGGCUCGCAUGGCAGAUCUCCGGCCUAGGUCCAAUGAAUGGCCAGUACACCUACUUCUCCUGUUUCGCACCAGAGGCCGUGCCCGCCGCUGAGGAGCGUUACUACAAAGAGACCGACAGACUGUACACAUUGCUCGAUCAACAACUUGCCGAUAAGGAGUGGAUUGCCGCUGGACAAUUCUCUAUUGCCGAUAUGGCCGUCUAUGCCUGGGCUGUAUACAUUCGUGAGGGAUUCCUUCCACAUCACGAGAAGUAUCCAAAUGUUAUGUCAUGGUUGGAUCGCAUGAACAAGAGACCAUCUAUUGCCAAGCAACUCGCAACCAUUCUUGAGCCACUUGCCGGAGAGAUUGAGCAUCUGAAGCAUGCUGGUACCUAUCGUAUCAAGUUCUAA